AUGAACUCCAGUUCUGUCUCAGAUUAUGUUAACUCCAGUGGGCUCAUUCAAAACAUCAUACCCCGGGACAGCUUCGCAGCGGCUCUCACUAAAAACAUUGUGGCCAUGCUGGUGUGGUUGGCUCUAAGCAUGCUUAACUGCAGCAUGGUGACCACUUUUCGAAAGCACAGCUUCUUCUAUGAAGAUCCACGUUAUAUCAUGUUCAUCUGCAUGGUCAUCAAUGAUGCUGUGCAACUGACGCUGGUCACUGCUUUGUAUGUGGUGAGCUAUGCCUUUUCCAAAAUCUUGGCAUCCACCUGCUGCCCUCUUAUCAUGACAGCUGUGACGACCACCCGGUCGACGCCCCUCAUCCUGGCGGGCAUGGCCCUCGAGCGCUACAUCUCCAUCUGCUUCCCCCUGCAUUACAGCCACAUCUGCACGGUCAGACGCACAGCGUGGACCAUCUUCAUAAUCUUCCUCCUGAGCUUAACUCCCUCACUAACCGAUCUUCUCAUCACUGUGGUCAAAGAACCUCCCUCGCUCUUCCGCUCCUCUAUAUUUUGCGAUCACUCACUCCUAUUCCGAGAUCGCUCCAUCUAUUACAAGAACUUAGUCUUUGAUAGUGUCUAUUUCUCUUUUGUCUUCUUAACUUUAUUUUAUACAUACUGUAAGAUCCUGCUGACAGCCCGUGCCGCGUCCACUGACCUUGUAGUUGCCAAAAAAGCCAGAAACACUGUAUUAUUGCAUGGGGUGCAACUUCUUCUGUGCCUGUUGGCAUUUGUUGUUCCAUCGAUGCAAGCUCCACUCAUACAACUGUUUCCAAUGUACAGCCUGGAGAUUCGAUACGUGAAUUUUCUUCUGGUUUAUAUCAUUCCAAGGUUUCUAAGUCCCAUGAUAUACGGAUUCAGGGACGAGAAAUUUCGCACUUACUGGCUCAGAUAUUUUAUCUCGAACAUGGAGAGAGUAAAACCAGCUUGA